AUGUUGUUUCCUAGUUUGAUACUAUUUAUAACAUUAUUGAUUCGCGAAGUAAUUUCAGAUCCAAAUAUGGAAGAAUUGGAAGGUACAUGGUCAUCAAAGUCAAAUACAGUUUUCACAGGACCUGGUUUCUAUGAUCCAGUUGAUGAAUUACUUAUAGAACCAGAUUUACCUGGUAUUUCAUAUUCUUUUACUAAAGACGGUCAUUAUGAAGAAGCUUUAUAUAGAGUUGAAGGUAAUCCAAAAAAUCAUUCAUGUCCAGUAGCUUCGAUUACUUAUCAACAUGGAACUUAUGAAAUUUUGUCAAACGGUUCAGUUGUUUUAACUCCUAUUGCUGUUGAUGGUAGACAAUUAUUAAGUGAUCCUUGUAAUUCAGAUGAUCCUACAAAAUCAAAAUAUACAAGAUAUGUUCAACCAACAUAUUUUAAAGCCUAUCGAGUCUAUGUUAAUAAUUAUCAUGGUAGAUAUGCUUUAGAAAUUUAUCAAUUUGAUGGUUCAAAAAUGCAACCUUUAUAUUUAGCAUAUAAGCCUCCAUUAAUGUUACCUACUACUGCAUUAAAUCCAACUGAUCAAAAUUCCGAAACUGAUUCAAGUUUAAAUGAAAAAAGACAAAGAAUUAAAAGAAGUUUGGAAAAUCAAUAUAGGACAAAUGCGGUAAAACAAGUUUAUAAUGAAAAUUUUGAUAAAUAUUGGUGGAUUCUGGUUGGAUGUUUAGGGUUAGCAUCUACAUAUUUUUUUAUAUUCAUGAAAUGA